AUGUCAACAAACAAAACCAAUUCAGGUGAAAGAAAGGGCUGUUUCAACUACAUGCCUUGUUAAGUCUGAUUAACUUGUGCUUAUUCAUCUGUAGAAUUCAAGCAACCGCACAGAUAAAAUCACUGAGUCCUCAAGCGUUUAACAAAAGCUUCCCGCCAAAACCCACACAACUAGAAUGUGGGAGACAUUAUCAUUAAAUGUCGCAUGUGCCUUUAAGAGCACUAUGUCCCACUGUACAUGUCUCUCUCUGAGCCUCAUAUGUGUUUGUUGGCAUCAGCUGUCCUCAGUGCUGAAUAGAGCAAGGACAUCUAUUCCUUCACGUCAGUGGGAUUAGAGGAAGAAACACCCUCUUCAUAGCGCUGGCUGUCAUCUCAGCGCUCAGAAGAUAAAAUGGAAAUGCGUUAUGGACAGAGGACAGAAAAGAAUAUGACAAUAAAUCACAAGUUUGGAUUACAAAGCUGAUCAGUUUUUAGUUUCUUACCCUAAAUGGUCGAAAAUUGUUUCAGAAGUCAAGGGAAAUAUGCAAAUAAUUGGAGGCUGCAGACUCAGAAACAGCAUCCUGCGCUGUUAUUUUACUGCCUUCUGAACAAUGACUGAACCCAGGGGUCACAUGAAGAGUUCAAAUGGAGCAAACAGCACUGCAAUGGAACUGUAUUCUCCUUCAUUCAGUCCUUGUGUCCAGUCGUCAUGUUUGUCUCCAACACUUGGCCAGAGCAACUUCAAGAGAGUCAGCCGCACAGAGGACUGCAGUCCCUACCCGAUCCCCGGCCUGACAGCAGACACCCUGCACAUGCGAGUGAAAGAGGGAAGCAAGAUACGCAAUUUGGUGCGCUUUGCAUCAGCUCGCGUGCAGGGAGAAGGUAAAAACGACAAUGGGACAUCACUGAGACAGGUUGUCUUCACCGGCUCAGGUAGAGGAGUCACCAAGACCAUCACCUGCGCGGAGAUUCUGAAGCGUAAAGUGGGAGGGCUCCACCAGGUGUCCAAGCUCUACUACAAGACUGUGAAUGAGGUCUGGGAGAGUCCACAACAGGGAGCACCGGGUAUAACCAUGCAGAGGACGGUUCCUGCAAUCUGUAUCCUGCUCUCUAAAGACCCUCUGGAUCCCCAGGAGCCUGGAUACCAACCCCCACUAACUCUGAGUGUUCCCACAGAGGACGUAGACAGACACAGAUCUCUGCUCAGGCCAGCUCACAGUCCCUCCUCACAGCACCCAACCAAGAGAGCCUGUCUGGAUGACUGGAGUGUAUGUUCUCCAUGA